UUAUUGUUCAUGUCUAUUAACAAUUAUAUUUGCAACAUGUAAAUCAUACAAUUAUGUAACUAUUAACCUCGUCCAAGUGAUAAAAAUUGUAAUAAAUACGUCAAUGUACGCACGUAAUAAAUAUUUAUUCGUUAAUUUAUCCAUUUAAUGUUCAAGUCGAUACAUAAUUUUGAUUGCAGUGUUAUAAAUAUAGCAAACAUUCACAAAAAAAUUAUUUUUGUCUCGACUGCUUUGCCAUGAGAUUCAUUUCAAUUGUUUCCUUUUUUAUCUUAGUUCUUACGGUUGUUGGGCAAAAAUGUAAUGUAAGGGUGACAUCAGGCGGUAAGGUAUGUGUUUGUAACUCAACCUAUUGUGACUUCGAACCAAAAUGGCAGGCAGUACCUGGAAAGUACAGCAUAUACACGACCAGCAAAGAACGCCCCGGUUUUUCAUUGAAAACCAACGACUUCUCUCGAAAUCACUCCAAACCGGAACUUUGGACCGUCCACGUGGAACUGAAGGACAAAAGACAAAAAGUUAUAGGUUGGGGUGGCGCCUUCACAGACGCCACAGGCAUUAACAUCCACCAGUUGCCCAAAGGUGCCCAAGACAAUUUACUUAGAAGCUAUUUUGGAGAAGACGGAGUGGACUACAGCCUCUGUCGAGUACCGAUAGGAGGCACCGACUUCAGCACAAGGCCGUACUCUUACGACGACCAACUCGAUAGUGAAAAGUUGCCCAACUUCAAGCUCCAAAAGGAGGACUACGACCACAAAAUUCCUCUGAUUGAAGCUGCGAAGAAGUUGAAAAGUGGAAAGAUCCUGAAGUUGUUCGCCACCGCUUGGACGGCUCCUCCUUGGAUGAAGACCGACAACUCGUGGACCGGAGCUGGGUCACUCAAGGAGAAGUAUUAUCAAACGUGGGCGGACUAUCACGUCAAGUUUUUCGAGGCGUAUCAGCAGAACGGCAUCGAAUUUUGGGGGAUGACCACGGGCAACGAGCCUGAGGAUGGCUUUUUGCCUUCUAACAUUUCUAAAUUAAAUUCGAUGGCCUGGACUCCCUGGGGGAUGAACAAAUGGGUGAGUUGCAAUCUGGGUCCCACAAUCAGAGGAUCGAACUUCUCCCACCUUAAAAUAAUGCUGCACGACGACAAUAGGCCAGCUUUGCCCUUUCUACCUUUGCAACUAAACAAUCCGGGAACAGUAAAAUACGCCGAUGGUGUGGCCAUACAUUGGUACUCCGACAACUAUUUGCCAGACUUCUUUUUGGACUUCACCAUCUCAUCGUUGAAGCAACUGUUUUUAUUAGCAACUGAAGCAUGCAACGGUUUCCUCUACACCUGGCGCUUGGAAAAAGCCGUGGACUUGGGAAGCUGGCAAAGGGCAGCCAACUACGUCCGCAGCAUUUUACUGGACGUUAGUUACAGAGCUUCCGGUUGGGUAGAUUGGAACAUGGUGCUGAACCAAGAUGGUGGACCUUGUUACAUCAACAACAACGUGGAUUCACCCAUUAUUGCCAAUCAGACUGCCGGAGAAUUUUACAAACAACCCAUGUUUUAUGCCCUCGGACAUUUCUCUAAGUUCUGUCCACCGGAUUCGUUCGUACUUGAACACAAAGUGGGCAAGAAGCUGGUGAAUGUCAGCGCCAUGAGUUGCUUGAGGCCUGAUGAUAGUAUUGCUGUCUUCUUGUUUAAUUCGGGUGGUCGAAGUGUGCCACUCUUCGUUUGUGAUGGGAACAGGGUUGUUGAGGAGACAAUCGAAGCUGAUUCCAUUAACACCAUUCUUUGGAAGGUUUAAAUCUGUAUUUGUCUUGUAUUUGAUGUUACAUGGUGAAUAAAUAAAACAAAAAACUAUUU